AUGAAUAAUUUAAAUCCAACUGAAAGAAAUAAUUGGCAACUUGAUCCACACUUUUCUGAAAUAUUCCAACCCAAAUAUGAAGAUUACGGUCAUUCUCAAUAUUUUAAUUUGGAUCACGGGCAUUUAGCAACAGCUUCUUUACAUCCACACGAACAAGGAUAUUAUCUUACAAAUUCAGUACCCCAAUAUGAUAAAAUUAAUAAAGGGCAUUGGAGGGUUAUUGAAGAAUAUAUGAGUUGUUUGGCAAGAAAAGCAGAAGAAACAUUUAUUUAUACUGGCACUUUAUUUUUGCCAAAUGAGGAAACAAAUUUAAUGGAAUUUCAAGUUCUUGGAGAUAAAGAAAUUUAUGUUCCUACACAUUUAUUUAAAAUUGUUAUUCUCAAAAUUUUUGAUAAUUUUAGUUGGAAAUAUUGGUUGGAGUCUUAUGUAAUUACAAAUAUUAAUUUAGAUGAAUUGUUUGUUGAAAAACAUGGUAGUAAUUAG